CACAACCAUCUCAUCUCUCUAGCUUUUUUAACUUAACUAUAUUCAGCUGGCAAUAUGGCGGCCUUGAUGCAAUGCCUUGUUAUCUGCAUCUUCGUCCUCAUCUCCGGCGGCGCCGCCGCAACUUCCCGUAUAGAACCAAUCAUUGAACUCCCGUCAGGCGUGGGUGAGGACAACUGGUACUGCGAGAGCUGGAAACUGGCGGUGGAGAACAACAACGCCGGCGCUUGGGACCGGGAGACCUGCGACGACUUCGCCAACUCCUAUAUGACCGACUACCGUUACCUCUCCGACUCCAUUGCCGUGGCCAGCUACGCCAGGGCGUACGCCAACUCGGUGAAAGUCACCCCAAGGGACGCUUGGAUUUUCGACAUCGACGACACUUUGCUCUCCCUCGUUUCCUACUGCGAUCAAUCAUUAGUGAAAUCUGUAGGGCAUAAAGACUGUAAAAACUCUUCUUCGGGCGAUGAUGACCUUGACUUACCAUCAUUACCAGCAAGUUUGCAAUUGUACAAGACUAUUCAGAAGUUAGGGUUCAAGAUAUUCUUGAUAUCCGAAAGGAAACAGUCUCAGCUCAACAAUACCAUCGAAAAUCUUUGCAGAGUUGGAUAUAACAAUUGGGACAAACUUAUAUUAAGGGAUACAUGUGAUGAGGAUAAGUCAUCAUUAGUGUUCAAGUCUGAGAAGAGGAUAGAGGUGGUGGAAGAAGGUUACAUCAUUCAGGGGAACUGUGGUGAUCAGUGGUCUGAUUUGCUUGGAUAUGCCACGGCCGUUCGAUCCUUCAAAUUCCCAAAUUUGAUGUACUAUACCAAGUAAAUUAUAUCAAUAAUGUUGAUAUUAUGAAAUUAUAUGUUGUGGUGGAUGGGUCAGGGGUGUUACAGGAUUAAAUAAACUAUAAGCUAAGUGUGGUUUCAUUUCUCAAAUGUACUAUAAAUACGUAUUUUGUGACCUAAAUUUAUGUAAUAAUAUUGAGUGUGUUUUAAUUUGAUUCUGAUGUAUUACAAAAAUAUGUAUUGAGUAUUUGAGUAUAUGAAAUUUCAUAUUCUUUAAUUUUAAA